GCGCUGCUCGGCAGGGCUGGCCAAAGAGGCGCGCGCGCCUCUCGCCCUUCCUUUCCGGCCAAGGGGGUGGGCGCUUGUGUGCAAAAGAGGCGCCGGGAGCCUCGCAGCCGUUCAUUGCCCGCCAGCUGCUGCGCGCCGAGGACUCCACCUGCCUGACUAGCUGGCCGCAACGCUGCGCCCUCGAGGCUCUUUUCCCGCGCCUUGCCGGUCCGGGGCGCCCUUGCCUAGAGAGCAGCGACAGCAGGAGGAGCCGCCACCGCGUCUCGUGCGCUCACCCUUCCCGGCCAAGUUGGAGCUGCGCGCAGGCGACGGGAUCGCCGGCUUCGCCCCCCGGGACGCGGUUCUGCCCCGCCGCAUGAGGCUGGCCGUGUUGGUGGCGCUCCUGCCCGGCUCUUCGGCUCUCUCCGCGCGCCGCCCGUGCUCCCCGCAGCCCCUUCGCCCCGCGCCCGGGGCCAUGAACGCCUCGCUGGGCAACCAGACCGAGGCGGCCGGGCUGUUCCUGGCCAACAGCAGCCUGUCCUUGGAGCGGGCGCUGCGGUCCUUCACGCCGCGCUCGGUGGUGACCGACGACGGCUUCGUGGUGGCGGCCCCGGACGAGAGGAGCCUGUACAUCAUGCGCGUGGUGCAGAUCGCCGUCAUGUGCGUGCUGUCCCUCACCGUCGUCUUCGGCAUCUUCUUCCUGGGCUGCAACCUGCUCAUCAAGUCCGAAGGCAUGAUCAACUUCUUGGUGAAGGAGAGGCGGCCGUCCAAAGAGGUGGAGGCGGUGGUGGUGGGACCUUACUGACACCCCCUCACCCCACGCAGGACUUUUGAAGAAGCGGCCACUGUUGCCUUGCGGGGAACUCCUUCCUCCCGGCCGUGGUAGGGCAGUUUGGGACGAGGGAGCGGUCCUGCCUUCCAAGAGAUGCUCUGAUGGGGCCAGAAAGCUGGAAGACUGGGGUGGGGGGCACGCCUUGUACACUUUUCCAGACUUGUACUCUUUCCUAGGAAAAGAGUGACGCCACAUUCUUCUGCUUGUCCCAUGGAGGACAGAGGAAGAACUAAUCUCCUCUGGCAUAUGGGAAGAGAGUUGGGUGGAUUGAGAGGGAAAAGUGGGAGUUACGAAGCCGGAAAGCCUUCUUCUUAUUUUAAGGGGGUGUCCUGUAAAUAACAGUGUAAAUGUACCCGAAUGAAACAUUCCCGACUUUUUUUAGUUUUGCUUAACGGGAGAGGACAAGUGAGGAACAAAGUGAUCUCAACAGAAAGAUUGAUUGUGAAACCUCCCUGACAGUUUGAAAUGAAGGGCGGGGGGACCAGACAAAACCCACAUUUGACAAAUCCAGAUGUGGUGUUUGGGGGAUGGCGGAGGAGGCUGGCAGCUUUUCACCCAAGCGCUCCUGCUAAUUGUGCGACUCUUAAUGGUUUUCGGGUUGUCUUCUAUCUACCACCGUUCGAUCUUCUUUUUCAAAUUGUAUCCCGUUGGGUCCAGUUUGUAUUUUGUACCUAUCACUUGAAGCUUGUCUGCUGCUAAGAGCCAGCUGGUGUGUGGUUGAAUGCUGCUCCCCUGGCUAUAUAAAUUACAAAGCCCCCCCUAAAAAACAAUAAGAGUGCUCUGAUGGUAUCUGUCUUGUUUUGAUUUUUUUCUUAUUUAAUUUGCUUUAAUAAAAUAUAUCUGAAACUUC